UGGGGAAUUUGAGUGUCGGCAUCGCUGACGUAGCUCCUUCUUUUUUGUGUGUUGGCCACGGAUUCCAUCCCCGGGUUCAGGCGGCGGCGUCGGCGGCUCCUCUCCUCCCGGUCUCUCCCUCGCAAGCCACCGUCGAGCUAGCCCGAUCACGUCCCCCACCACCACCGCCGCCACGUUCGCUUCGAGAAGGUUGACCAAGAGCCCCCUGAGGGCGAUCGACCGACCGACAUGGGCAUGAAAUUCCUCGAAGUGAUCAAGCCGUUUUGUGCGGUUCUCCCGGAGGUCCAAAAACCAGAACGAAAGAUCCAGUUUAGGGAAAAGGUGCUAUGGACAGCAAUCACCCUCUUCAUCUUCUUGGUGUGCUGCCAGAUUCCUCUGUUUGGGAUCAUGUCAUCAGACUCUGCAGAUCCCUUCUACUGGAUGAGAGUAAUCUUGGCAUCCAACAGAGGAACCCUGAUGGAGCUGGGCAUCUCGCCCAUCGUCACUUCGGGGCUCAUCAUGCAGCUGUUGGCUGGCGCCAAGAUCAUUGAGGUCGGGGACACGCCCAAGGACCGCGCGCUCUUCAACGGCGCCCAGAAACUAUUUGGAAUGAUCAUCACCAUCGGGCAGGCCAUCGUGUACGUCAUGACGGGCAUGUACGGGGAGCCUUCAGAGAUGGGGGCUGGCAUCUGCCUCCUCAUCAUCAUCCAGUUGUUCGUGGCGGGUCUCAUCGUGCUGUUGCUGGAUGAGCUGCUCCAAAAAGGCUACGGCUUGGGCUCUGGAAUCUCCCUCUUCAUCGCCACCAACAUCUGCGAGACGAUCGUGUGGAAGGCCUUCAGCCCCACCACGGUCAACACGGGCCGAGGCACGGAGUUUGAGGGUGCGUUCAUCGCGCUCUUCCACCUGCUGGCCACACGGCAGGACAAGGUUCGCGCGCUCAGAGAGGCCUUCUACCGGCAGAAUCUGCCCAACCUGCACAACCUCAUCGCCACCGUCUUCGUCUUUGCUAUUGUCAUAUACUUCCAGGGAUUCCGCGUGGACCUGCCCAUCAAGUCCGCGCGCUACCGUGGCCAGCAAAGCACCUACCCCAUCAAGCUCUUCUACACCUCCAACAUCCCCAUCAUCCUGCAGUCAGCCCUCGUCUCCAACCUCUACGUCAUCUCGCAGAUGCUCUCCGUGCGCUUCAGCGGCAACUUCCUCGUCAACCUCCUCGGCACCUGGGCUGACGUCGGCGGCGGUGGGCCCGCACGCUCGUACCCCGUGGGAGGCCUCUGCUACUACCUGUCCCCGCCGGAGUCGCUUGGCAGCGUGCUAGACGACCCCGUUCACACGGUCAUCUACAUCAUCUUCAUGCUCGGCUCCUGCGCCUUCUUCUCCAAGACGUGGAUCGACGUGUCGGGAUCGUCCGCCAAGGACGUUGCCAAGCAGCUGAAAGAGCAGCAGAUGGUGAUGAGAGGCCAUCGUGAGCAGUCCAUGGUGCAUGAGCUGAACAGGUACAUCCCGACUGCAGCCGCGUUCGGCGGACUCUGUAUCGGAGCGCUCUCCGUGCUCGCCGACUUCCUGGGGGCCAUCGGCUCGGGCACCGGCAUCCUUCUGGCCGUCACCAUCAUCUACCAGUACUUUGAGAUUUUCGUCAAGGAGCAGAGUGAGAUGGGCAGCAUGGGCGCCAUGUUCUUCUAAUACGACGGUGGGCGGCGGGGGGUUGGGGGGAGAUGGCGGGAGAUGUGAUCUAAGAAUGGGGGGGGAGGGAAGGGGGGGUUAGGGUGGGAGAAGCAGCAGCAGAUGGGGGGAAGAACGUGGACGUAUCUGGUCCUGCACCUGGGCAAGUGGGGAUUCGGCCAAAUGUUUAAAUUGCGUUUGUAUCUGUCAUUGUAUCUGCCUCCAUUGUGUGCGUGGAAAAACAAAAUAAAAGUAAAUAAUCGUUACGCUUCACUAACAUUCACCAAUGUAUUUAAUCCUUUAUUUUGUUUUUCUAAAUGGACAAUAAAGGAUUUGGAAAUUUGGUUAUUUUGUUCAUGAUUUUUUGUCACGUUGCAAAUCUACAGAAAGGACAUUUUACGUGCGGUAUUUCCUCAUUCACACCCAUGUCACCAUUUGUAGCAAAGUACACGGGUGUUUGGUAUUGCUUGGCAUCUGCUGCUGUCACGGGGAGCCGGCGAUGGGGGAGAAGGCUUGAGGGCUGGGUCAACAAGAGAAGGAUGUGCAAGGCUGUGGACAAAGGCUUAUCAAUGUAGAGCAUUUUAACGUAACUUUUCUGGCAUUUGUAAAACAGAUUUCACCACUUCGUCCCAUCAUAUUUAACUCGCAGAUCCCACUUGUAAUCGCGAUAUGGACUGCCAACUCGCUGUCGAUAGGUUAAUUUGUUUCUGUAGUGUGAUCUUUAUACACACGUGUUGUUGUCGGUCUGAAAAUGCAAUCUGUGUAGAAUGUUGGUGGGAAAUAAAUGGUUGGAAGGAAACACAGCAAAGCUUAGCAGCAGCAAGAUUGUCAGCAGAGACUGAAGCCAUACUCAGGACCUGUUAAACGCCUUGUGCUCUUGCACGAGUUGGGUCAUGUUCGAUAAUUAAAAUAGGCCAAAUAUACACAACGUAUAACAUGCGCCUACAUACAUGCCAUAGUCUAAAUGCAACGGAUAAUUUUUUUUAGUUGAUAAUUACGUUUUGGAAACUCUUUACGCGUCUCCUUCCAACAGUUUUCUUUUUUACUCCACUGGCUGUGGCCAAAAGAGGAUACGAGAGACCCCUUGGACAGUUGACCAGGCAUAAUGUGUCUGUGUUUUACAUCUGGUGGCUUUGAUUUAUCAUCUAACUCUUGAAUUUUGUCUGCUCUGAUUUUAAAUAUUGUUUGUUAUGUAACACCCCCCCCCCCGCCUUCAUUCUUUUCAAUUGUGGUUGAUUGUCACACCGUACACGUAAUAGGAUCAGUUAAUAAUGGCUUUCCUGGACUCUCAUCAGUAUGACAGACAUGCAUUGACUGAACUGCAAACUGCCCACGCUCACGUAAUUCCCCCCUCCCUCCCCAUAACACAUUUGCAGUUUCGGAACGAACUUUGCUGUCUUACAGUAUUGCUGGGUGCUUUUAUUUUCUACGCGAAUUGCAUUCGCCACUGCCCAUUUCAACGUCCCAAGGCAACAAGCGUGCAUUCAGUAUUGUAAUACACGUGAUGCAUUUCGGCGUGUUUUGUAUGUAUGCAUUUACAACCAAAAAAAAGCUGGAAUGUGUGGUUUUUGCCUUCAGUAAAACGCAGAGAACUGUGCAUUCAAAACGUCAAAUAAAACUCAUUAAAUUCC